CCCAUCACCAAGAUCUGCGGGAUUCAAUGUCAUGGAACACGGCAAAGAUGCAAAACUUGUGGCAGAACUUAAAAACAAUUCAAACCCUCAAAAGAUUUUCGAGCCAAAAAGUAUCAAUCGAAAAGCAGUCUUUCGACCUAUUUUGACCAGCCCAUUCACUGCAAAAUGGCCUUCGAUAUCAAAUGCAGAUGCAAAUAUGCUUUUUCAUACCUUCUUGGCCCUGCUACGAUCUGAUAGAAUACAAAAAUUGGUCGUCAGAAAGAAUGCCUCACUCCCACGACAAUCUGCACGAAAGACAAAAUUGAAGAAUGAGAAGCGUAAAGCAAGAUUGUUACUAGCUGAUUUGAUGCAAAAUGGAAUUGCCCCUCCAUCCACAGAGGCAUGCAAGGCAGAGAACGGUGACACUGAGGCAAUCACGCCGGUAGAGGAGCGACCAGAACGGAAUGCGAUUAUAUGCGGCCUGAACAGUAUCACUCGAAUGCUCGAAGAAGAGAUUGCCGAUCGCACACAUUCGGAAAUCAGCACAGACACAGAAAAACAUCAGCCAUCGAUGAUCUUCGUUUGCAAUGCAGAUGUAUCGCCCACUUCUCUUACCUCUCAUCUUCCACUCCUGGUUGCGACUUAUAAUGCCGUAUGUCAAAGGUCGGUGUUGUUAAUGCCACUACCUUUAGGAUCACAACUUGCUCUUUCUGAUGCUGUCAAUCUUCGACGUUGCGGAAUGAUUUCGAUUGACAACGAGGCCUUGAAGGCACUAAAAGACGAUGAAAUCCAGAGCAAAGUAUCUGACUUGGAGCUAAAGUUCGGAAAGGCCGAAGUACAACCAAUACGGAUGACAUGGCUGGAAGAAGCGGCGGCAACAGCACGAAGCAACAAAGACCACUUAAGACAAAAAGUACCAAAGAUGGAUCUGAUUGCUCCUCACAUCAAACACUUGGCCAGCUCAACACCACUGGAUAUCAAUAAGAAAAAGGAACUCAAAAAGGCAAAGCGAACUGAACGCAAGGUGAAUAGGAAGGCAAGAGCGACAGCCAAAAUAAAGAAAACCUAAAAUUCCUCUCACAUAGUCUGCCUGUAUAAUACACUACUG